CCACUUUUCACCACACCACCACCCCCCCGCUGGAAAAAAGGGUUUCAGUCGCAGGAGCGAGAAACCUUACGAAAUUUUUGUCUUGUCGAUUAAUCCGACCUCAUAUAUUUACUUAUAUUGUGUGUCCUGUGCGAGGGGUGAAACUCGUGACAAACCGCCAAAAUGUCGACCACCGUGGAAAAGAUCAAGCAAGUCGAGGACGAGAUGGCUCGGACUCAGAAGAACAAGAAUACGUCGUAUCACUUGGGACAACUGAAGGCUAAGCUUGCGAAGCUAAAGCGCGAGCUGUUGACUCCCUCUGGAGGUGGUGGUGGUGGCGGCGCUGGUUUCGAUGUCGCCCGUACCGGUGUUGCUAGUGUUGGCUUCAUUGGUUUCCCCUCCGUGGGAAAGAGUACCUUGAUGAGCAAAUUGACGGGCCAGCAUUCCGAAGCUGCUGCCUACGAGUUCACGACUUUAACGACUGUGCCUGGACAGGUGAUGUACAACGGUGCUAAGAUUCAGAUUCUCGAUCUCCCCGGUAUUAUCCAGGGUGCCAAGGACGGUAAGGGUCGUGGUCGACAGGUUAUUGCUGUCGCCAAGACGUGCCAUCUCAUUUUCAUCGUCCUUGACGUCAACAAACCGCUGGUCGAUAAGAAGGUCAUCGAAACCGAAUUGGAGGGCUUCGGUAUCAGAAUCAACAAGCAGCCCCCGAACAUCACCUUCAAGAAGAAGGACAAGGGUGGCAUUGCCAUUACGAGCACCGUUCCCUUGACGCAUAUUGACAACGAUGAAAUCCGAGCUGUCAUGAGCGAGUACAAGAUCUCCUCUGCGGAUAUCGCUAUCCGAUGCGAUGCGACGAUCGAUGACCUUAUCGACGUCCUCGAAGCCAAGAGCCGAGCUUACAUCCCCGUCGUCUAUGCUCUCAACAAGAUCGAUGCUAUUACGAUUGAGGAGCUGGACCUGCUGUACCGGAUUCCCAACGCCGUUCCGAUCAGUUCCGAGCAUGGCUGGAACAUCGACGAACUGCUGGAGAUGAUGUGGGAGAAACUCAACCUCCGACGCAUCUACACCAAGCCUAAAGGAAAGGCCCCCGAUUACACGGCUCCGGUUGUGUUGAGAUCGCAUGCUUGCACGGUCGAAGAUUUCUGUAAUGCCAUCCAUCGGACGAUCAAGGACCAGUUCAAGCACGCUAUCGUCUACGGUAAAUCCGUGAAGCAUCAGCCCCAGCGUGUCGGCCUGUCACACGAGCUGGGAGAUGAAGAUAUCGUGUCGAUUGUGAAGCGGUAAACGAGCCCACAGAACCACAAUCCCUGAAGGAUCCGCUUACGAACGGAGCGAGCUGUGGCGAAUUGUACUCGAGAGGAUAAAUUGGAUGUGUUAGGGGCUGCUCCGCCAAGUAUCAAGUCCAAGAGGCCCGACCCUUGUGAUAUUUCCGCGAGAUGCCAUAAGGAUUGUGAUUGGGGGAGACGGUGUGCGCACGGGCAGCAUGCUGCCAAACGACGCCCUGGAUUAGCACGAUCACUCGUUCGGGGGAAGCCUGGACCACGAGUCAGUUCUGGAUAUCUUUCCCACCACGACUUGAUGUGUGAUGCGCAGUCCCCCUUUAGGAAGGCUGAGAAAAAGAGCGCUGGGAGGCAGAGCAGAAACUUGAGGCUGGAAGCAGGGAUGGGGAUAGGGUUUCUUGGAUGGGAUGAGCAGUACUUAGUCCUGC